AUAUAUUUCGACUAUAGUUAGGCCACUCGCAAUACAGAUCCCACAGUUUAAAUUUUACGUCUAACAAAUAUUUUUUAACCAUACUUCUGUCUUAGGUAAAUUUAGAUUUGUGAGGAAAUCUUAAAAAUGAAUAUAUUACCAAAGAAAAGAUGGCACGUUCGGACGAAAGAGAACAUAGCCAGAGUUCGUAGAGAUGAAGCUCAAGCAGCAGAAGAGGAGAAAGUAAAACAAGAGAGAGCCAAGUUAGCUGAAAGAGAAGCAAGGCGUCAGUUAUUAUUACAGAAAUCCCGAAGUCAAUUAUCGUCUAAGGAAUGUAUUACCAUAAAUACAGAUAAUACUCCCAGAUCAACAAAAUCCCAUGAGCAUGUCAAUUUUUUUGAGGAACUCGAGGAAGGAAAGGCGGAAUUGAAGCAAAGUAAUAAAGAGUAUGAAAAGGAGCAAAAAGAAGAGAAAGAAAAAUAUGAAAAGCAAAUUGGAUAUUUGACCUACCUAGGACAAGAUACAAAUGAGGCUUUAGGUAAAAAAAGUUGGUAUGAAGUUGCCCCAGAUAGAUCGUCGGGGAAGGCUGAAGUAAACAUGAAGAGUAAAUCCAGAGAAGAUCCCCUUGCUGUCAUGAAAAAGUACAUAGAAAUUGGAAAGGUGACAAGUGAUAAUCUUAAAGCUGUUCAAAAGAUGUAUGAAUAUAAGAAACUACUGAAAAGAUCAAAGGAGGAGAGGCAAAAAAGUUCUGAAAGUGGAAAGUAUCAUCGAACAAAAAAACAUAAAAAGAAGAAGCAUAAAAAAUAUCAGGAAAGUAGUAAUUUUUAUGCAAACAGUGAUGAUGAUGUCGCAGAUGCUGGCAAAGGGACAGAAAAACAAAAAAAAUUGGAGAUUUUAAGGAUGGAGAGAUUAAAACGUGAAAAAGAAGAAAGGCUGAAAGCAGAUAAUCUCUUAGCAAAAUUAAAUGGAGAAAGUACAAACAGAGAAGAAAGGCCGAGACCCCAUGUCAGACAAAAAUACAAUUCCCAAUUUAAUCCAGAACUAGCCAAACAAAAUUACGAUAAUUGAUCUUAGUUUGGCUGUGUCAUUUAGCAACUCAAUAACGUAGAAAAUGUGUAUUUAACAUUUAUCAAAAUAAUUUGUUUUAAAUACUAUGAAAUUAAAUGUGUAAAUACUUUUGAUUUUUCUCAAUUUUACUGCUAUUGUUGUUCUAUAGAAGCGGAAAGCAGACACGAGAUUAGAGGGAUGGUUAGGUCACACCCACAUAAGUGGGUGUGGCACAGGCUCGCUUUCAGAUGGCGUUUUGAAGUUAUGCGUAACCCAGUUAGCGUGAAUAUAAUAUAUUCAUUAAUAGCGAAGAAAUUGUUAAUAUUAUUAUAUUAUAAAUUGUUUACACUUUCAAUAAAUUAUAUGCAACCAAAAAGUUGCCAGAAUCUAUUGUUGAGGUUAUGUCUAACGAAUAACAUUCGCAUAAUAAAGGCGUGUUGAGGUUAUGUGUAACCGAAAAUCGACGUUUAACACCCGUAGCCACAUAA